CAAAAUUCCAUUACUUUAGUUUUGUUUUGGUGGUCAAAUCCAAUUUCUGAUAUAUCAUUGCUGAAAGCAAAGGAAAUGGAAGGGAUGAAAGCAUCUUCAUCGUCAACCUCAUCAAACACAGGCAUGAUGUCUCGCAUGAAGAAAGAUUGCUUGUUUUUCUAUGUUUCUUUGCAAGAGGGUUUUCGCAAUCUUAAGGCCUUCUUCGUUGGUCAGGCUAAGAAGUUGACGGCAAGAAACGAGCAAGAAGCAACGGAAGCAGAGCUUCGCACAAGCAAAAUGCAAGUUGAAGCUGCCGAUGCAGCUGAGGAAACAAAAAAGAGACUCAGCAACAGCAAAUCUGUGUAAUUAAAUUAAUGCUCUCACAACUAGUUUAUAUUAUAUUGUUUGAUUUCACUAUUCUGAUCUUUCACUUGGGAGUUUUUAUUUUUAUUUUCUCCAAGAUAUCAGUUCUCUCUGAAUUUAGAAACAAAUUGUUAGUUCACAACUUCACAUCCCAACAAUGAAUUAAACUCAUAACAUUCAUAUAUUUAAUUCAACAAAUUUUUGGCGGU